CUGAGUACGAUGCUACUGCCACACUCACUCCAUCUACCCUCUCAUCUUCUUAAAAUAGGAGAGGAAGAAAAUCCAAUUGUGAAAUUCGAUUUUUAACAGAAACUGUGCUUUCGCUAGCAUCACCUCUCCCAAAGACAUGUGGUGUCCUUUACUCUCCAGCGAUUUUUUUGCUCACUUUUAAAAUCUCCUGUAUUUUCCUUGGUGGCACAUUCCCUUCUCAGUUCUUUAAUCAAACCCAUUUUACUGUUCAGAAAUGUAAAUUCCUGCUUUUUUCCCUCACCCCUGUCCCAGAUGACGAAUUACAUCUACAAACCCCUUUUCACACUCUGUUUAGUGUCGCCCUCUCUCAGGAACCUUAGCAUUAUUCUCACUACAACUCUUCUCUGGCCUAAGCCCAGGGCCCCCACGGUUUACCCUUUCUUCCAAAUCAGCCCUCGUCCUCUAACAUCCAAUUAGGGCCCAGGGCCUAAAUUUCAUAACCAAUCCGCGGCCACAUCCAAGGCCCCUCCUCGACCCCACCCCCCUGCCCAGCCCAGCCUCUGUUCCUCUGACCUAACACCGCCCCCGCACCUCCACCUGCCCGGAGCAGUACGCGAUCCUCUCAGGCCCUCCAGCCCCUUUCAGCGCCUUCCGUCCCACCCCGCAUCCCGUGGCAUCCAGUCCACGCUCGCGGCCGACGCCUCAGCCAAUCCGCGUGCUGCAUCCCGACCCCGCGGGCACCCGCGCCCAGACUCCGCCCCCACGCCCGAAUCCUGACCCACCCGGCCCUGAAGCGCAGGCGUGACGCGAGCCGGGGGAGGCGAGACUGGCGCGCGCGUAGGAGCAUGUUUUUGGCCCAGAGGAGACUUUGCUCCCUUGAAAGUAGAGCAAAAUUCCUGAAGACAAUUUAUUCUUCAAAAAUCCUCGGACUCCCUACUUCUGCUAAAAUGUCUUUGAAAAUCACCAAUGCAAAACGAAUUGAAGGCCUUGAUAGUAAUGUGUGGAUUGAAUUUACCAAGUUGGCCGCAGACCCCUCUGUUGUGAAUCUUGGCCAAGGCCUUCCAGAUAUAUCCCCUCCUGUAUAUGUAAAGGAAGAAUUAUCAAAGAUUGCAGCAAUCAAUAGCCUGAACCAGUAUACACGAGGCUUUGGUCAUCCAUCGCUUGUGAAAGCUCUAUCCUGCUUAUAUGAAAAAAUUUAUCAAAAGCAAAUCAAUCCAAAUAAAGAAAUCCUUGUGACAGUAGGAGCAUAUGGAUCUCUUUUUAAUACCAUUCAAGGAUUAAUUGAUGAGGGAGAUGAAGUCAUAGUAAUAGUACCUUUCUAUGACUGCUAUGAGCCCAUGGUGAGAAUGGCUGGAGCAACACCUGUUUUUAUUCCCCUAAGACCUAAACCUGUCGAUGGGAAAAAAUGGUCUAGUUCUGACUGGACAUUGGAUCCUCAAGAACUGGCAAGUAAGUUUAACUCCAAAACCAAAGCGAUUAUACUGAAUACUCCACAUAACCCCAUUGGCAAGGUAUAUACCAAAGAAGAACUCCAAGUAAUUGCUGACCUUUGCAUCAAAUAUGACACACUCUGCAUCAGUGAUGAGGUUUAUGAAUGGCUUGUAUAUACUGGAAAUAAACAUGUAAAAAUAGCUACUUUUCCAGGUAUGUGGGAGAGAACAAUAACGAUAGGAAGUGCCGGAAAGACUUUCAGUGUAACUGGCUGGAAGCUUGGCUGGUCCAUUGGUCCUAAUCAUUUGAUAAAACAUUUACAGACAGUUCAACAAAACACUGUUUAUACUUGCGCUACACCUUUACAGGAAGCCUUGGCUCAAGCUUUUUGGAUUGACAUCAAGCGCAUGGAUGAUCCAGAGUGUUACUUUAAUUCUUUGCCAAAAGAGUUAGAAGUAAAAAGAGAUCGGAUGAUACAUUUACUUGAAAGUCUUGGCCUAAAACCCAUAGUUCCUGAUGGGGGAUACUUCAUCAUUGCUGAUGUGUCUUUGCUAGAUGCAGACCUCUCUGAUAUGAAGGACAGCAAUGAACCUUAUGACUAUAAAUUUGUGAAAUGGAUGACUAAAAAUAAGAAACUGUCAGCCAUUCCAGUUUCUGCAUUCUGUAACACAGAGACCAAAUUACAGUUUGAGAAGUUUGUGCGAUUUUGCUUCAUUAAAAAAGACAGUACACUGGAUGCUGCUGAAGAAAUCAUUAAGGGAUGGAAUAGACAGAAGUCUUGAUACAUGCAGACUGUUUCUACUAGAUGACCGAAUAUGGAAUUAUUAUUUAGUGCUGCCAUCUGCUGGAUAUUGAAAAACAAAUAUUUCAGUACAAAUGAAAUUUGAAGAAAAUUUUCCAAAUGUUAACCCUACUGGGUUGUUUUGUUUGUUUUGUUUUUCAGUUGAAAUGUAUGAAAACACCUUCCAUAACCAUUUUAUGAGAAGGAGUAUAGCAUUUGGCUUAAGAAUUGUGAGAAGCUGGUUGGUGUUUAACCUCUCAUUGCUUCAGUUUCCUCAUCAUAAAAGGGGAAUAAAAUAUAGCACCUACUUGAGGAUGCCUGGCUGGCUCGGUUGGUAGAGCAUGCAACUCUUGAUCUUGGGGUCAUGAGUUUGAGCCCCACGUUGGGCAUGGAGCCUGUGCCAAAAAAAACCCAAAACAACAGCACUUAUUUUAGAUGAAGUUUGUGAGGAUAAAAUAGAUUGAUAUAUGUAAAGCCUCAAUAAACACUCAACUAAUGUUA